AUGGGACGAGCAGCCGCCGUGCGAGCAGCAACCAAGAACAAAACGGACGCCAAGAAAGCUAAAACGAACGCCGUGUACGGCAAGAAACUUAUAAUGGCGGUCAAACAAGGCGGAAGUCCCGAUCCCAAGGCGAAUAAAGCUUUGGCUGACGUUAUCAAGGGCGCCAAGGCAAACUCUGUACCGGUCGACAACAUAAAUCGAGCCAUCAAGAAGGCAUCCGAGGGGAAUGUAGGAGACUUCAAAGAAGCCACUUUUGAAGCCUAUGGCUUUGGGGGUGUUUCAUUGAUUAUUAAUGUUUUGACGGACAACAACAACCGUGCGACGUCGGACGUCAGAACUGCGGUGAACAAGAGGGAUGGAAAGAUUGCCGAAUCUGGAAGCGUCCUGUUCAUGUACGAUCGCAAAGGAAUGAUCGAAGUGCAACAAGAUCUGGAUGAAGAGGCCGUCCUGGAGGCUGCCAUAGAGGCUGGUUGUGACGACUACGAACUUUCUGCUGGAGAUGUCGAAGGAACGACCAUUCUAUAUACGGAUCCAUCCGAAGUCUCCAUGAUGUUUGAAGCGCUCAAAAGUCUAGGCUGUGAUGCAGGCGCAAAAAUGUCUCUUACGUAUGUUACUAAGGCCCCGGUAGAGUGUUCAGACGAGGAUUUCGACAAAAAUAUGGAUAUCAUCGAAGCUCUGGAGGAUUUGGAUGAUGUGGACUCUGUUGAGCACAACAUGUCCAACUGA